CUGUCAGCAUUUCUCGUUUUUCAAAGUUUUUUUUAAUUUGUUCUGCCCAAACUGGCCGACUGCAGUUGCGAGAGCGGGAAGCAGCCACAAGCCUUUCCAUCGAUGGCGGGAGGAGAUUCCCAAAAGCAACUCCUCUCUCUAAUUCGGGAUUUCGCCACCGAGAAGUCCCAAGGAGAACGCAGGGUUUCCGAUCUCAGGAAACGCUCUGCAGAGCUUCGUACUGAGCUAGUCACCGCCAAUGCGGUGUUAGAAAACGCCAAACGCUGCAAGGAAACGACCGAGCAUGAUCUCAGGGGCUCGGAAGUCGAAUUGUCUCUCAAUGAAGCUUCAAUUCAAGCACAGGAGGCCAGGACUUGUUUGCUGCAAGAAGAAAUAUCCAAGAUUGGUUCUGAUUUAGGACAUCUUAAGAAUGACGAGGGAUUUUCACGAGAUGAUUUUAUUAAAAAAAUGUUCGAGCUCAACAAGAAACUGAGGAAACUUCAAGAGACGACAAUCAUUUCUUUCCAUAAAGAAAAGAGCGCAGAUUUUUCAUCUUGCAUUGAUCAAAAGGUUGAGGACAAGCAAGCGUUCAAUAUUCAAGAUAUUCUAAAAGCUAUUGAGGAUAAGCUUGUUCAUAUUAGUGCUCAAACCCAUGAGAAGGAACAAGAGUGCAAUGAAGAAGAAAAUAUUCGUAAUGAGGUCUUGCAGAAGCUAACCAAUCUUGAAAGAAAGGUGUUCCUUAUGGAGGCAGUUGUAGAAAAAACAAAGGAGCUGCAGGAUUUAGCCAGGCAGACUGCUGAAUCAGAGAAUGUGUAUGCAUCCCUUGGUGAGUUGUUGCAGAGGAGGUAUGCCUGUCCAAGCUGCAAGGUGGACAACAUGGCAGACUUGCAAGGGACUCCUUUUUCUGAGGGAACUUAGGGAGAAACUUUGUGAUUGAAAUUCUUUUAGUUUUGCAUACGUAUAGAUGCAGUGGAUGGGACCCACAACACGCUGCCUACUCUGAUCUUGGGGGGGCUGAGGACAUGAGGUAACAACAGACUAAUCAUCUUCCAUGACUGUUUUGCUGUUUUUCUUUAGUUCUUGGAGGACAUUUGUCAGUGAAGAAUUCACUGACCUGGAAAUCAGCUCAUUUUGCGACCAAGUUGUAUUGUAAUGUCAGUGGUAUUAACAGGUGAUAAAUCCAUGCUUUACAAGCAUGCAAAUAUGAGUUGUAGAAUGCCAAAUAUUUUUUAAUAGUAGUUUGAAAGUAUUAUCCCAAAAUGAUCACUUUUGA